UAAAGCCGCAUUCGUAUGUUAGUGAUUGUGCAAGAAGAAAAGUGUAUCGACAACAAAACCUUUAGUCUGCCAGUACGAUUGGUGUUUGAAAUGGGCAUAUGUUCUUCCAGCUCCAUAUAAAGUUCAGAUAAGAAAUGGAGGAAAAUUCAGCCGUGUGUUAGUCAAAGUGUUUUGAUCCAAACUUAUGAACAACAAAAGAAGAAACUGAACGAGAAUGAAGUGAAGGGAAAUUACAAACUCCAAACCAAACACAACCUGAAUGAAGAGAAAUGAUUAGUUCUUAUCAUAAAAGAUCAUCGGCAGUUCGAUAAGAGAGUUGAACCAAAUUCUAACGGAAAUAAUAUGGAAACCAAUCAAAGCCCUAGCCACUAGCCCCCGAAAAACACGCGGAUCCAUCAUGAAUUAUCGCCGCUUAGAAAGCAUCCUGGCCACGACGAGUUCGCCUCCACCUUCGCCGUCAUCAGCUUUGGAUGCAAUCGGUGCCGAUAAUGGCCGGCAGCAGCAACCGCAACCAUUUGGGCAACCAUUUCGCCGCAGCCACACGAUGAGAUCGUCCUUCACGUCGUUGCGAAGUUUGAAAACACGCCUCAAACAUCCGGUGGCUGCUGCGGUCAGUUCCGGAAGCGGGGGUGGCGGCAAGUAUAGCCACCUGGUGGGAUCCCCCGGAAGUGGUCGGCAUCGCCAGCAUUAUCAUCAGAAUGGUCAAAACAUUAGUAGUAGUAACAUCAACGGACAACCCAUCAUCGGCAGCAACUCCUCUCUAACGGCCAAAGCGAACGUCAAAGCCAAGUUGCUGAAGCUGCGGGAAACCUACGCCGAAUUUAGGCGGCUGCAAUCCUCAUCCCAUUCCUCCCUUUCUAGUCAACACAAAUCGAAGGACGCCACCCCCAAUUCCAAACCGGGCAGCGCUAACUUCAAAGUUCCGGAGAAUAUGCCCCCAAAAGCUGCCGCCCUGCUCCUAGAAGGGGCAGGGGGUACCGGUUCAAAAUCCAUCCGAAGGGUGCAAUCACUUCGGAUCACUAGCAGCAGCACUGGACCUCCGGAUGUUUCCAAAACGUACGGAGCAACCAUCGGUGCCAGAGACGUCGUCAAUCGCAAUUUGCAUCAACAGCAGCCGGUACUGAUGGUGCGAAAAGUUAACCGGCAAUCAAGAGGCGGCACCGACGAUGCCCUUGCGGUUAGUGUGGAAUCGCUCAACGACGCCGAUGAUCCGGGCUCGAAUGGACCGACCCGGACAGCCACCAUCCGGAAGAGCUCGGUGUGGGCCAACAGCAGCAGCAAGAUCAGUCUUCCGGAUUUGGUAAGCCGGUCAUUUGCGGACGUCGAGCUCCCCGGUUGCAGGGACGUCAUUUGUCCCUCCCGGAGGACCAGUUCCGGGGCCUCGAAUCGUCAUCAGGAAAGUUUCAAAAGCCGUUCCUCGGGAAAAAGUCAAGCCGGUAGCACUCCAGACGUCGGAGCCAUAGAAAGUGGCGCUCCACCCCCGCUUUCCCCGACGCCUUCGGUCCUAACGGCACCUUUCCUGACCUACGAAAAUGAGCGGCUUUCUCCCACCCUGAACCGGAUGACCAGCGCCAGCAGCCCAAAUCUAAGCACUUCGGCCGGUGGCUUGCGGACCACGAUUCGCAACAAAAUGGACUUCCUGCUUCCUCAUCAGCAACAUCCGGCCGGAUCCCAACCUCAAACGGCAUCCCAAGCGGCGCCUUCCAAACAUCGGCAGUACUCGCCCAAAAUCGUCAAGAAAACCCGGCACCUUUCCACCAGUUCUGCCGACGGAGAUUCCGGAUCAACUUCCGAGAGGCGGCACCUCAGCAGCCCUACCAAGCUCCUGAACCAAAGGGUGGGAAGUCUGAUCGAAACCAAUAACAACAACACCAACAAGGGUGAUCUCUACAACCAAGGAUCGGCCAAUGGAACCCACUCGAUCGAUGCCCUGGUUCUGGCGGCUGGUCCUGGCGGAAUCGGCAAGAUCGGAUCCAGCAGCGAUGGGCUUAGUCCGGUGGCCGCCCCUGUACAUCAACCCGGCCCAUACUGGAAGCAGAAAAUCAUCAAACGGCACCACAAAAGCCAGGCCCAGGCCCAGCUCGAUAAGCUGACCCAGAUCAAUAUUCAUUUGCAUGCUCUAUUUGCAGCCGUCGAGCAUGGUCAUCUGGAGAAGGCCCGCACCAUCCUCGAAAGUACGGACGUGGACGUGAACAGUCUGAACAGUGAUGGCAUUUCGCCGCUGGACGUUGCGGUGCUCAGUAACAACCGCUCGAUGACCAAAAUGCUGCUGCAGCAGGGCGCCGUUGAGAAUGCUCACACCAUUCAAGCGGCCAACAAUAACGUGGGGCUGCAUCUGAACAAUCUGCUGUGCGAGGCCGAAAACACGAUCCACGAGCUGGGAAAUUUCGACGCCGGCAGCGGUGGCCAGCAGCAGCAGCAGUCCGGGGAACGGGGUCAGGGCACCGGAAGUGGUCCCGGAGUGGCCAGCACCGGCAAAACAUCCUUCUCCAACAUUAUCGGUAAGUUUAGCGGGUGUUGUUUUUUUUUAUUCGUUUUAGAGUCUCCUUCUAGUGCCCUCACAGAUAUUCCAUGGGAAGUGCUGGCUUUAUCGGGAUCGAUCUGAUCAAC